GAUUGCGUCGUUUUCGGUUUCGAAAUCCGGUUCGAGCACUGUAGAGGACGCUGCGACCGCGAGCAGCCAUUAUUUGAAGAAAGGUGCUUGAUCACCGUUUGUUCACGAUGGCCCUUCCAAGUUUAAGAACGAAUGCCUUCGGAAGCAAACAGGCUGUACAGGAAACGGGAGCGUACGGAAUGCAAGACGUUAUGGUUAAUGGGUUCACAUGCGUGAAGAAUAGCCUGGCAGCAGUUCAUCCCUUGGAAGAGUCUGAGCGUCAGUACAACUCCAAUGUUGAGAAGAUGCAGUUCUCAACGAGCAGGUCGAUUCAAGGACUCCACGCUCCCAUCAAGCUAGCAGCCGAAAGAAAUGCUGCAAGACAGAUCGGAAGGCUUCCAUCUUUGCCGAGCUCAAACCUGAUGUUGGAGGUGCUAGAAGGAAAUGAUGAAACGAUAAAUUUUGAGGACAUCUACAAUGACCCCAUGGAAAUGGUCGAAGUACUCCGACCACCGCAGUUCGUCAUGGAAAAGCACCUUAGACUGUCUUGAACUUAAUGCGGGACAAAGUGCACCAAAUAAACCAGCUUUUUGGAACAUCA